GUUGAAGCCAAAGUCAAGCUGGAGGUUGAGACACGCAGAACAUAUGAUUUCACCCUUGUAAACAGAGAAGAGUCUGGGCUCAACACCUUCCCACAGUGCUAGUUUUCCACGUCCUGCUCCACCUAACUGGUCUCUAAGGCCAGGAUGCCUCUCCUGUACAGUGUAGUCGCCCGAGGCACCACAGUGCUGGCACGGUAUGCAACGUGUGCUGGCAACUUUGCAGAAGUAACAGAGCAGAUUCUGACCAAAAUACCUCCUGGUGAAUCUGGACGUCUGACUUACUCCCAUGCCUCAUAUCUGUUCCAUUAUGUGGCAGAGACGGGAGUUGUUUUCAUGUGCAUCACAGAUGAUGAGUUUGAGAGACAGCGAGCCUUCCUAUUCUUGGAGGAAAUCAAGCAAAGAUUUUUAGCAACUUAUGGCCAAAGAAUCCAAACAGCUCUGCCGUAUGCCAUGAACAGCGAGUUUGCUCAGGUGUUGGCUGCACAAAUGAAACACUACACAGAGUCCCGUGAUAUUGACAAAAUCUCACGGCUGCAAGGAGAAGUGAGUGACGUGAAGGACAUCCUUGUCAAAAACAUUGAAAACUUAGCAACUCGUGGGGAAAGACUGGAACUGUUAAUAAACAAGACGCAAAGCCUCAACACCUCGGCUGUCACCUUCAAGACAACAAGCCGCACUCUUGCACGCAGUUUGUGGUGGAAAAAUAUUCGCAUCAUCAUCUUCAUAAUUCUGGGACUUGGUGUCAGCAUUUACAUCAUUGGUGCCAUGGCAUGUGGCGUGAGCUGGCAGAAGUGUACGAAGUGAAACAAGCAAGCACGAAGUGGAGAAUCUGCAAUGGAUCAUCUUUGUACCAAGAGUGUAUUGGCUUUUCUGAAUGAAGGAUCUGGCAAAGGUAGUCACUUUCACACAAACUCCCAAAGACACCUCAUAGUUUGGAUUGUAGGUUUUAGAAUUCUAGGUAUUAGCAAACUGGGAUUUCAUAGGACAGAACUUCUUCCUGGGUAUGUGUGUAAUCUUUAAUGAAGAAGUUUUGUUUUACAUGAGAGCUCAUAAAAUUUAUUGGUAUAAUUCUGUGAAAUGCUGUACAUCUGAAUUGCAAAUUGCAUUCCUUUGAUUUCACUCCAUUAUUAUUAUCAAUAUUGUAAAUUUAUAUCACCCCCAAAAAUUUAUAGUUUCAUUAUCUAUUUGUUUUGUUGUAUGUUCUGAAAUAUGUACCUAACCAUUUUAAUUUUCUUUGUGGGGAAAUAAUGUUGGCUUACAUUUUUCAAACAUUAAUACUGAGUAUUCAACUGAGCAUUAUUCAUUAUUGAUGUGCUAUAUUUCCUCAAUGUUUUUUUCAUUCAAAUGCAUCUCAUGCUUCAUGUGUUAUACUAUUGCCUUUGCUGCAGCCAUUCAUAAUGUCACACUAUUUUUGUAAAACCACUUUCUGCAAACAUUAUACUUGAAAAAUCUGGCCUACUUUCAAAUCUUAGUAAUAGGACUUGAGGUUGAGGCAAGGUAAUGCUUCUUACUGUAGUGAAGAUGAGAGUGUUUCCUCAUCUGAUGAUGAACCAGAACAGGCUGGUUCCAGGAGCAGCUGAUGCCCUUGCAGGUGUUAUGAAAAUUUCCUGUUAACCAGUUGUCUUACACAGUAUUAUUUAAUCCAUUAUAUCAUGGUCACAUCUGUUUUAAAUGUCAAUGUGAGUGAGACUUCCAGUGUUGCCACUGAUGUGAAUAUUAUAAGAAAAUAUCAAAAUGUUCUAAGCACAUACAAAGGAAUAAGUCUAAGUGCAUGAAGACUUUAACUUUGUACAAUGGAACUUACUAUCCACCCAUUAAAUGUGAUUAGACUACUGUGUUUGUUGUAUUACUUUAUUUCUGAGGAGGUGAUGCAGGAUAGGUUGCCUAAGGUCAUGUAGGAGAGGAUUUGUUAUGUCUGUAUGUCUGCUGUGUUGUUGUCUUCCUCUACCACCGCACGACUACCGGAAACCCACUCUGCAUCAGUACAUUUAGAUUUUGUAUGUCACACUGCACAGAUAUACACUAUAUUUUACCAUAUGCUAUUGUUGAUAAUGGUGUCAGCCAUUUGCAUACUGUACUUCCAUUAUUGAUGCCAGUUGUUAUUAUCUUGCAUGAUAGAACAUGUCAUUAACUCCAGGUGCCGAAGAGUACAGGAUUUUGAUUUUGGCAUUUUCAAUGUUUUAUAGAGAUAUAUUUUGGAAUUAAGGCUAUGUAUUGCAUUACUGUCAGUCUUAAAUUGUUGAAACAGUCUUUUGAAUUUCAUGAAAUAUUUCCAGCAAUUCUAUGUAAAAUUCCUUUGUCAUUUUAUUUGUAGAAGUGGGCCAGUAGAAGCAGGGUGAGUAACUAAUUAAAUACAAGAAGAUAAGCAGAAACAGAUUUUGAUAAUAAAGAGACUUACUGAAAUAGUGAGGGAGCUUAUAACAUGUUCAUACCUACAGUGUAUCAGGUGGAAAACAGGUAAGGGAGAUGACUCUGUGGGAUAGUGAGUUAGUGAGGCACCACCUUUCAUUAUUCUCAUACCAUAAUUAUCUGAUUCAGCUUUCAUUCUAGUAUUUUGUGGCAUUUAUUUCCAUAUUUUCCUUCAUCAGAGACUAAGCCUUAUGAAUUUGUUAAUUCUGAGAUUUGUUUUAGGGACAAAAAUCAGGUAUGUCCUAUUUCUUAUGUAUUACUGUAAUUUACCUAAGACAGGGAUUACAUAUGAGUGCUAAUGUAUAAUGCUGUACUGCAACACUGAAGCAUUGGGUCAAAGCUGUUAUGAUUUGUACUUGUGGUGUUGAUAGAGAGGGUGUUGUAUUUUUCUCAUGUUACUAUUUGGAUAUUCAAAGAUGACAUGCUGUCAGAUUCUGAGUGUUGGUUUAGGAUGUACAUCAUUGCCAUCAUGUUUUGUGAAUAGCAUUUGAGAAUUAGAGGAAAGUAAAGUUGUUAAGGCUAUUAUGAUAUUCUGACCAGUGUUGAUUACACACAUUUCCUUUCAAAUUAAAGCUAAGUAGCGUUAAGUAACUGCUGUGAUAGUUACCGUAGCCUUAGUUCUGUAUAUAUUUAUUGCUGUAAGAUUGGUACUCAUUACUGUUUCUCACAAUACUAUUUACCUCUGUUUUGUGGGCAUUCACAUGUAUGUAUGUAUCUGUAUGAUGCUCUCCAUUCCUUUAUGAAAGCUUUUAUAAUAGUCAUUAUAGAUAUGUAGAGAAUAAGUAUAAUACAGAAUGAAAACAGAACCAGAAUCAGAGAAAGGUUACAUUUCCUAUAUUGUUUUACCUCUUUUUUAUGAAACAGUUAUUACAUGUCAUCAUGAAUGAAAAAAGGAAUUAGUGAAUGACUGAAAAUCAUACCUGUUUUUUUAAGUCGCCAUUACAAGUGAGACAAAUCAUACAGAUUGCAUUUUCACAGUUGUGUUUUCCCCAGAUUACGUAGAUGUAAUAUGUAGAUGAGUUUUCAGUCAGAACAAGAUCUGUAGAAUGUCCUGUAUUAUAAUUGAUCAUAGAAUGCUAAAAGCUUUUGUGCCCUUGUUUGUCUGUCAGAAAUUAUAGUGUUAUGCUCUCUCCAUUUGUCUUCUGGUACAGUCCUGUAUAUCAAAGUAUACAUCUAUCCACAUGUAUAUCUUAUGUUUUGCACUAUAAAAGUAUAUAUUCAAA